ACUCACUGCACUUCCGUUGCCCAUGACACCGGAGCGAAGUUCUGACAGCUGAUUCCUAAAUCAGUUCAUAUCCGUUUCGUGCCUCCAGGGCGUCAUUUUUGAGGUUAUUUACAGGCGCACGGAGCUGCUACGACCGUCGGCUGGAGUUGCAGACUGCGGCCCGAGCAGAGGAGGGGCGGCUGAUUAUGGUGUAGCGCGGAGCGCUAGCUCUGAGACAGCAGGCAUUUGAGCAGCAGUGCAUUGCAGCACGGUGCACCGUGGUUUUGACAGUCAUAUCACAUCAGCGUAGCCAUGCUCACGUUGGCCAGUAAGUUGAAGAAAGAAGACGGAGGAAAGACAGGCCGUGCCUCCGGAGCCUCAGACUCCACCUACAGGGUCUCAAUCAGAGACCGCCUCCUUACCAAAGAAGUUGCAGAACUUGAAGCCAAUCUUCCUAGCACAUGCAAAGCCAGUUUUCCAGAUGAGGAUAAGCUGCAUCAUUUUCAGCUGGCAGUGUCUCCUGAUGAGGGUUACUACCAAAGUGGAAGGUUUCAAUUUGAAAUAGAUGUCCCUGAAGCCUAUAACAUGGUGCCUCCUAAAGUGAGAUGUCUGACCAGAAUAUGGCAUCCCAAUAUUACAGAGAAUGGAGAAAUCUGUUUGAGCUUAUUGCGGGAGCACUCUAUUGAUGGCACAGGCUGGGCCCCCACUAGAACAUUAAAGGAUGUGGUCUGGGGAUUGAACUCCUUGUUUACUGACCUUUUGAACUUUGAUGACCCGCUGAACAUUGAUGCAGCAGAACAUCAUCUGAGAGACAAGGAGGACUUUCGGAAUAAGGUUCAAGAUUACAUCAAGCAUUACGCCAGAUGAUAGAAGCAUUGGUGAUCCCCUGCAGCCUGCACCAACUAACCAAACUGCUCUACCUUGCCUCUGCUUCUCUUGGCCAACUCCCCUCCCACAUGUGUGAAUCAGCAGCUGACUCUUUGACUCGUACCACUCCCCUUCCUCUCGACACCACAGCUCUGGCAACGCCCCGCCUCUUCUGUUCACCCAGUUGCAAUAAACUUCACAUCGCAGGAAUGAAAUUAAAAAAAAAAAAAAAAAUGGUCACACGUUUAAGAGAGGACUUGCAUACACGAGAAAAUAACGCUUUAGUUAAUCGGUCAAGUGUUACAGUGACCACACUGUCUGUCUGUUGUGGCAAGACACACGAAUGACGUCACGCCGCUGACGAGCCCGUCACAAACGAGCCGCGUGGCGAUCGAAUUGGAUGUGAUGUUUAACUGAAGAAGACAACAAGUCACGCUUGGCUAUUUUUAAAUUUGAUGACUCAAGAGAAAGAUUAUCUGUUACUGUCGGUUCUCUGUUCCAGUGCCUGCCAUGUUUGUGUCGCUAAAGCGAAAAUGCAUGUGAGUUCACAAACAUGCACACACACACACACACACACAGUCACACCAUGCAGUAAAAGGUGAGCACAUGAAAAACACACAUUGGUUGAAAGUUGGAAAGCCUGCAGCCCCCAGCCCCAUUAGACAGCAUGUGAAUGACCACACUGACCCAUUUUGUUGUCAUUCUCUCUGCAUGUGUACACACACGCGUGCACACACACAUGCACGCAGACACAGCUGUGUGUUUUCAGUUCCAGUGACAUAAAAUACUGCCACAAAAACAGCCAAAUGCACUGUUCAGUUUUCAGCUUCAUCUCUUGUCUCUGCACCACUGCCCCCUUCACUUCUUUGUCUUUUUUACUUCAUCCGUCUCUACACACACACACACACACACACACACACACACACACACACACACACACACACACAGAGCACAGGUGAGCGCACAUGUGAACGCACAUGUGAACUUCUGUGUUGCAGAUGGAGAGGUUAAAAUGGUACAGUCAAAACCUCUGGCACGCUGGCUCUUCAUGUAAGCGAAACAACGACUGGUUUUAAAGGAAUGAUGACGUAAGCCUGAGUCUGUUAACAGCACUAAGCAACAAAGUGCUAAACACGGUAAAGAACCUGGCAACAGAAAAGUUGGAGGAAAUCUUAAACACGACUCCAAAUGAACUCCUGGAUGUACGUAAGCAACACUUAAAAUGACUCAAGUUCGUUCUUCGUCACCAUCCACAUGCCCUGCAGCUCUGAACCUUUCCAAAGAUUAUUGAGAGACGUGCAGCCACCUUUCAAUGAUCUUUAAAGUGAGCUGAGAGAAGCACAGGUGACUGUCAGGUGAAUUCACAGCAAGCACUCCCUCCUGCCUGCUCUGGUAGCUGCAGAGUGUAUCGUAGCCCCCCCCACCCCCCCGCCGUGUGCUGCGUGUCCCCAUCCCACCAGACAGUCCUGACAUUCUCCAGAGUUCAUGUGUGAAAAUGUCUCCAGUGAAGAUCAGAAGAUCAGUAGGUGCGAAAACAGCCUUACAACUUUUAAACUCAGUCAGUUUUAUUUUAUAGUCGCUGUUCAAUGCUGAGCCAAACCGAUAAUUGAGGUUUUUGACUGAUCUGCACAAACCCCCUCGUUCUGCUCCCUGAGGGAGAUUUCCGAGCUGACAGUGUCUUUCUAAAAACGACACUAUUCCAGUCUCUCCUCCUCUGUAAGCGGACUGUAUGAUUUCACUAUCUGAAUGUGUGUGAAGAAAACAAUAGCAGAGGUUCAUAAAGACUACUCUGUAAAUGAUAUCUGCAUACAGACGUGCAGAGUCUGCUGUUAUUGCUUGUAGUCAGAGUUGAUCUGAUUGGUGAGCAGGCUGUAGUUGCAGGCAGGUGUAAACCAUAACUGGCCAAAAGAAUAUGAACCCUUGGCCCAAAUAUAUCUCCACUGGGUACAUCAGAAGCCCAGAAGAGUUGGAUGCUGGUUCAAGCAGCUGCAUCAGCAGGCGGGUUUCCAGAUUGCAUGAAAACAGAUGGCAAGAUGGUGAGUAAUCUGACAUGCUAGCAGGAUUACUAGCUAACCAGCUAGCUAAUGUGAGUGGCUUUAGAUCUGUUAGACGGCAGGAAGGCGUCGUUCUGGCCAUCCAUGAAAUCUAUCAAAGUGCAGUACUUAACAAAGCUAUUAGAACAACUGUCAUAAAAACAGAAAUCACAAAUAUUUGAGAAUUCUGUCAAAAAUGUGUUUUUUUUCUUUGCAAAAACAAACUGAUUUUACAUUUUAUCCCUGAAUUUGAGCCGCAGCACGGGACUUCUCUGAGAAGUAACCUUCAACGGCAAAAAUGUAAUUUGUAAUUUGGCAUCUUAAUAAAAAAAAUAAUAAUUGUGAUUUUCUUUUUUUCAGCAUUUUUGUGAAACAGGAAAUUAAAAUUUCAGGGAUCAUAAUAAUUGUAUUUUACCAUUUAAAAAUCUAAUUUUGAUUAAAGAUCUUGUGCGUACUGCACGAUUAAGCAUUACAGAAACUAAUACUUUUAAUUUAGAGCAGCAGUGGCGUAAACCUUACCCUGGGUCGGGGUCUAAUAAAUGUGUGGAGCUCUGCAGGCGUGGUCACAGUCAAAACUGGGAAAAGUGAGGAGGAAAAAAAAACUGCACAGAUUUGGUGGGAAACGCUCUUGAGGCAGUUGGCAUGUUUGACACUGGAUUAAAUUGCUACCUCGAGUGCUAGUUAACUAGUUAAACUGUAUUGGCGCCUCUCGGUUGACUAGAGCAGAUUAUGCUUUGUGGGAUGGCCGCUAGGAAUUCUGGACUAACCAGAUAAUGUCUCCAUGAACCUCUGCUGCUGUGGGUUUUGGCUAGUGAUUGUGUUUUUAUGUGUCAGAGUGCAUAUGUCUGUGAGUGGCUGUUGCCCGGCCUUGGCUAUCGCUGUGCCUCCGGUUUGAGUCUGCAAGCAUCGCCUGUUUUCACCCGUUCAGCUUUGUUUUCACGUCUGCAUGAGGAAAAAGUCUCUGUGCGAGUGAUGCAGUUUACCGAGGAUGUAGAAAUGUAGAGGCAGAAGAUUGAAUUUUUGUGUAGGAAGUGUGCGUGUAAGAUUAACAAAAAUGACAGUUUGUGCUUCUGGUGUGUGUGUGUGUGUGUGUGUGUGUGUGUGUGUGUGUGUGUGUGUGUGUGUGUGGGCAGUUACAGUGUGAUUUGUGGAGACGAUGUGACUUGUUAGCAUGCUCUGGUUUCCUCUUUCCCUUCUUUUAUAAAAUCUGGAUUCAUCAGCUCAGAUCAUUUUUAUUUUCUUAACAAACAGAACAACACAAACACCUGACUGCCAAAAUAAAAGACCCAGGAGUUUAAAAAAAAGUGAAAGCAGUCCCAAAUCUGGCUACCUUACGCUUCUGUCCUUAAAGUUCAUUAAUUGGCAACAAAUUGUCACAGUAGUUUUUGCCUCAGCCCAACACUCAGUGCUUUUUCUUGGCCUUAAUAAAACUUUUGCUUGCUGUUGGAGAUCUUGUUAUCGGUGUCCUUUAGUUUGGCAGUUUGUGGUGUUGGAGGUAAUUUUGGGUUGUUUCCUCCUCUUUUUCGGAUGUUUCUCUGGAAAUGUCUUUGCUUCAGUUUAACUCCAGGGCCAGAGGAACGAGAUUAACAAUCUGUUCUUCUUCAGAUCCUCGACGUUUUCUUUCUCAGAUUGUAUAUCCAUUUUUUUAAGGUAUAUUAAAGAGUAUAUAAA